AACACAUUUUCAGUGAUCUUCACAGCAGUCUCUGGCAUUGAUGAUAUGCCUGAGGUUAUUGGUAUUGCAAUGGUCAAUGGAAUCCAGAUUGAUUAUUUUGACACCAAACUCAAUCAGACCAUCCCUAAAUUGCAGUUCAUGGCAGACUCUUUUGGUGUUGAAUACUGGAAAUAUAUCACAAGUCUCGUGAAGACACGAUCAGACAUUGCAAAGCAGGUUCUGGAUACAAUGAUGAAAAGUACAAACCAGACAACUGGAAUUCACAUAUUUCAAUGGAUUAGGAGUGUGGAGAUGAAUGAAGAUGAUAAAGUCAGGAAAGGUUCCACAAAGAGAUCGAUGCGUUUUGGAUUUGAUGGAAGGGACUAUAUCAGCCUUGAGCCAGACAGAAUGAGAUGGGUUGCUUCCAAUGACAAGGCAGUGAAGAUAAAGGAAAAAUGGGAUUCUGAUGAAUCCUGGAACAAAUUAUGGAAAGAACAUCUGGAAGAAGUAUGCGUUCAGUAUUUAAUGAGAUAUUUGCAAGCUGGAAAAAAAUACUUCAAAAGGAAAGUUCAGCCUGAAGUGUUCAUCUCCAGGAGGGAGCCCAAUGGUCAGGACAAGCCGCUCACUCUCUCCUGCCUGGUCACUGGGUUUUAUCCUGUAGACAUCGAGGUGACCUGGCUAAGGAAUGGAGAGGUCAUGUCUGAGACCCAAUCCUCGGGGAUACGACCAAACCACAAUGGGACCCAUCAGAUCCAGAAAGAGAUUGAGAUCAAUGCUGGGGAUGAGGAUCAAUACUCCUGUCACAUUGACCACAGCAGCCUGACAGAGGCCCAGCUCUAUCAGUGGGAAAUCCUGGAAAAUAAUUGGGGACGUUCCCAUCUUGGAAGUGUCAUUGCAUCAAUGAUCAUUCUCCUAGCUGUUAUUGUUGGGAUAAUGGGAAUAAUCAUCCGGAAAAGGCCAUGGAGAGCUUCUGAGGUCUCUGUCUCAGCUCCUUCAUGACUCAGGCUGGCUUAAUGAGAGUGCCUUGUGUCUGUCCAUUCCCUAGCUCGUGGGAUCCUGAUUGUGUCAGCAAGGUGAUGGCUCUCACAGUCGAAGGGAUCUUCAGGGAUAGCUUCCCCUCACACAUUCUCAACUACAACAACUUGUUCCCAAAGACAGAAGUCCAUCUUGCUCUGUGUCUGAGUCACUUUUAAACAGACAUUAUAAUCUUGCUGUUCACUCUGAAAUUACCCAGAAAAGACUAUCUUCAGGAUUGGAUCCUCAGACACUGGAAUCACAUGAGCUGAACAUUGUCACUGUGAUUCAUGGUCAGAGCAUCGAUAGCUGGUAGUUCUGCUUUUCGAUGGACUUUAGAGUCAGGAUCUUGUUUAACCACCUGAUCCCCAUUGGCAGUGUCAGGUAGCUCAGUGGAAAGUGAUUCCAGAUCAUAAUAUGAUCAAGGUAUGUGAUUCUGAUUUCCAUCACAGACUGCUUGGCUGUGAACAGGCUUUAAAUUAGCUUUUGCUGAUCUGCUGCUCUAACUGUGGGAUGUGUCUCAAGAAUUUGGGCACAUUUCCCUGAACUGAUGCUGGUUUUUCACUGAGAAACCUUCAGGCUGCUUUAUCCAGGAACAGAACCCAGUCUCAUCUUUCCAGGGAGAUUCAACCCCCAGCAGAAAGGAGCUUCCAGAACGGAGAGUUUGUCCAUUUCAAUUUUGAAAUGGAUCUGAUUUCACAAUUGGUUCUGAAGUGUUGAUCUGAAUAUCUGCCUUUUUAAAUUGAUUUUAUGUAAUUGCUGUUCUUAACAAAAUUGAACUGGUGUUUCCAAUAUUCAGAAAUAAACAUGACUUUUUAUCAAGCUUUUUCUGAUGUAAAUUAAAAGGAAUUUUAACCAGUUUGAACUGGAUAAGAGUUUUAAAAGUAAAUUGGAUUUCACACCAAGUUAUCUGGCUUGUAAUCUUUUAAGGUGAAAGACUCUUCAACGUGUCACAUGGUGGAGCGAGCGAUCAGGGUAUUGACGUGUCACAUGGUAAAGGGUAUGAUCAAAGGUCACCUUACAAUUCUCUCCUGUGAAUGUCUCGAGGAUUGUGUGGGUCUGGUGCACAUUGUACAAGGUUCCCCUGCAGGAAGCACUGAGCCUUCAGCCCACAGACCAGAUGGGGCCAGAAACCAAUGAAAUGGAGGCACCCAACAUGGAUGUGACUGGAGCCAGGCCUCAUGGAGCAGCUGAGGAAACCCGGCCUGCAGCUGCCAGGGCAGCUCGAGAGCAGCUGGGGGCUGAUGGAUGUGGACAUUGAGAAGGAGAAAAUCCCUCUCCCUCCCCCAGGAAAUCAGAGAGAAGAGCAGUGGAGAUGGAGAGGGAAACAAGGGACAUUUUAGUUCAGCAGCAAAUAGACCUUGCAGGAUGUUUGUGGGAGAUAUUGCUGAACAACGUCAACUUCAUCUGCUCAGAUCAAAACCUUUCAGAUCAUGUGUAUUAAUGAGUAGCUUUUCUACUUUAUAAAUGUUUGUGAUGUCGAAUAUUACA